AUGACAAACCCCGAAAACACACCAAUGACAACCACAAAUGAAGGAGGAAAAGGAUUAACAGAAUAUGAAGCUAAGAUCUAUGAUAGAAGUAUUAGAUUAUGGGGUGUUGAUGCACAAGCUAAAUUGCGUCAAAGUAAAGUAUUAUUCAUUGGAAUCAAUGGUUUAAUGUCUGAAAUUAUAAAAAAUGUUGUUUUAGCUGGUGUUGAUUCAAUUACAUUGGUAGAUGACCAUAUUAUAACAACUUCUGAUUUAUCUGCUCAUUUAUUUAUUAAUGAGGAUUCUGUUGGUAAAGUUAUAUCUACAGAAUCAGUAUUUGCAAUUAGUGAAUUAAAUCCAUUAGUUACAAUUGAUGUUUAUGAUAAAGAAAUUGAAACUAUGGAUGAUCAAUUCAUUAAAAAUUAUACAAUGGUUGUAAUAUCUGAUAAAAAUUUAAAUAAUGUUUCAAAGGUAAAUUCAUUAUGUAGAAAAAAUAAUGUAUCAUUUAUAUUUAGUCAUAGUUUUGGUUUAAAAGGUUUAUUUUUCUCUGAUUUAAAUGAAUUUAAAUAUUUUACAAAAACAACAACAGAACCACCAAAAACAGAAACACAUAUAUCAAUUUUUAAAUCAUUUAAAGAAUCAAUGGGAUAUGAUUGGAGUAAAACAAAUAGUAGAACACCAUUACCAUUUUUUGCACUUUCAACAUUAUAUCAAUUUGAAGAAAAACAUAAUAGGGUACCUGAUAAUAUUUCAGAUUCAGAUUUAUCUGAAUUAAAAUCAAUUAUUAAUUCUUCAAUUGAAAAGUUUAAUUUAAAAAAUACUGAUUCAAAUAAAUACUUUGAAGAAACUAAGGAUUUAUUAAAUAAAAUGAAUAUAGAAAUUUCACCAGUUUGUGCAAUUGUGGGUGGGAUUGUUGGUGCUGAAAUUAUUAAAAUUAUUACUCAAAAUAUGCAAGUUCUUAAUAACUUUUUCUUUUAUGAUGGCGUCAAAGGUACAGGUUUAGUUGAACAAUUUUAA